CUGCAUGCCGGCAGACCUUCUUUGUGUUUUCCUUAUUCUUGCUCUUUGGCACAAAGAUUGAUCUCUUUCUCCAGGACAAGAUAUCCCAGCUACCAGUCCGGUCUUUUGCUCCCAACAAAGGCAUUCAAGAUGCCUUCAAAGCGCAAGAGAUCUUCUCUGGCAGCUGAAACAGCCCCUGAAAACGGAGUCCCUCCUAUCCUUCAUGAAACUCCAAUUCCACCACCAAAUUCCGCCACGAAGCCCCCGGCUCCAAAGAGGCAAGCCUCUCGCCGAGGUAAAAUCGAUACAAACCCAGACCACAACUCCGAUAUCGUGGAUGGCAAGACAGCCUUGAGAGCAAGUCCCGAUGCCGACGAGAAGGGGGAAUCUCUCGAAAUUUGGAAGGUAAAUGGUGGUCCGAAAACUCCGGCGAAGGCAAAUGGCACAAACGAGGAUGAAGGAAGUGAUUCUCCAUUAUCAGAGAUUGAAAUGCCGAUUCCGACACCGAGCAAGAAACAGAAGAAGACGCCGACGAAGAGCUCGAUAGCUGCUAAGAAGGGGGCUGAUGAAAUCAAGGCGUUCAAAGUAGAGCAAGCUGCCAAGAAAGCUGCGGAAGGCAAGAUCAAGAAGGAAGAAGAUGGUGGUGAGUGGGACAAGAGGCUUGAUCCAGAUGAAGAUGAUGCGGGGCCAGCCGAAGAUGUAGAUGUCAUGAAGAAAGAAGCUGGUAGACCGCCCCCGGUGAACAGUGACUACCUGCCACUUCCUUGGAAAGGACGGUUAGGAUAUGCAUGUCUCAACACCUACCUCCGCUUCUCCAACCCCCCAAUCUUCACCUCCCGAACUUGCCGCAUAGCUUCCAUCCUCGAACAUCGCCACCCCCUAACAGAUCCCUCCCUCCCCGAGCACCCGACCAAGAACCGUCCCGACAAAACUCAACCCGCAUCCAUCGAACGCGGCCAACGCUACGUCGAAGAGCUGUGCUUAGCAAACGUGCGAGACCUGCCAAAGAUGUUUAGAUGGAACGAAAAAUACGGCAUAAAAUUUAUGCGACUUUCCUCUGAGAUGUUCCCCUUUGCCAGCCACGCGGAAUACGGAUACAAGCUCGCACCAUUCGCAAGUGAAGCCCUGGCCGAAGCAGGGCGCGUACUUGCCGAACUUGGCCAUCGGGUGAGCACACAUCCUGGACAAUUCACCCAACUCGGAUCUCCGCGCCCAGAAGUCAUCGAAAAUGCAAUCCGCGAUCUCGAAUACCACGACGAAAUGCUCUCCCUGCUCAAGCUCCCAGAACAACAAGACAGAGACGCAGUCCUGAUCCUCCACAUGGGUGGAACCUUCGGAGACAAAGCUGCUACCUUGGACCGCUUCCGAACAAACUAUAAGAAUUUAUCAGAAGGAAUCAAGAAAAGGCUCGUCCUCGAAAACGACGACGUCUCCUGGUCCGUCCAUGACCUGCUCCCCAUAUGCGAAGAACUCGCCAUCCCGUUCUGCCUCGACUUCCACCACCACAACAUCAUCUUCUCCCCCUCGCAGAUCCGCGAAGGAACACACGACAUCCGCUCCCUCUUCCCGCGUAUCCGCGCAACCUGGGCCCGCAAAAACAUAACGCAGAAAAUGCAUUAUUCCGAGCCUUGUCCAGAAGCCAUUACUGGACGCCAGAGAAGAAAACAUAAUCCCAGACCAGCUACACUAGCUCCCUGUCCGAAUGACAUGGAUCUAAUGAUCGAAGCGAAGGAUAAAGAGCAAGCUGUUUUCGAGCUGAUGAGGACGUUUAAACUCCCUGGUUGGGACAGCUUUAAUAAUAUCAUACCGUACGAAAGAGAUGACGAUAAUAAACCACUUCCUAAGAAGGCGAAGAAGAAGAAGACGAAGAAACAGAUUGCUGCGGAGAUUGAGGAGUUUGGGAAGGAGGUGAGUGAGGGAGAGGAGGUUGUUAAGGAGGAAGUUCCGGAGGAGGAAGUGGGGAUGGGAGGUAGGGAGAAUAGGGUUUAUUGGCCGGUGGGGAUGGAGGAGUGGCUGAGGCCUAAGAAGAGGGAGGUUAAGAGGAAGGGGGGUGGUGCUGAGAGUGAGAGUGAGAUGUUUAAGAAUCCUACGCCGGCGAAUUUUGAGGCGAGGAAGAGGGUGACGAAGAGGAAUAGGGAGCCGUUUGGGGAGGAGGUUAGGGAGAGGUUGAUGGAGGCCGUGUGUGUGGCUGAUGUGCAGAAGAUACUUGAGCAAAUCAGGGAGCAGAGGAUAGCUGCUGAGGAGGGCGGAGAGGAGGAGGAGAUGCCGAAAAAAUGUAAGAAAGAGGCGAGUGCGAGGGACACGCUGGUCAAGAAGCAGGCUGUCAAGAAUGUUCCUGCCCCGCAAGUAGGUUCGAAGCUGGAAGAAGAGGAUGAGGACGAGGAUUUGAGCAUGGCUGAUCUCUUUGAUGAGGGUGAGACGCCUCAUGGCGACGUUGCUGCUGUGAAGACAGCGCCGGCUCGACAGAGUAGGAGGGCAACGGGAAAGAGAAAGAGCUAUGCUGAGGCCGAUGAACUUACGGAGGAGGAAUGACGAUUUCCGUACGUCAUAUCUGAAUGUUCCUCAUGAGAUGGAAUAAUGGAAUCAUGACCUGAUACCUUCAGAUUAGAGUAUCUAAAGUGCCACCAUUUGUGAGAAUUGUGGGUGUGUUCAAAGAUGAUUGUAUUCGUUCUAUAGGG